CCCACUCCUCCCCCCCUGGGCGGGCUCAGUCCGUGUGUAUAAGAAUAUCCAGGUGGGAGAGGGUACAGGUGUAUGCUGACAGGAUGCCUGGGAGACAGGAGUUGGGCCGAGCAAAUCCACCAGAAGGUAUGGCACAGAGGGGCAGCAGGUUCUCCCUCCGGGUGGCUCUGAAACGGACCCCCCUGUCUGAGAGCAGUGAAGAAUCCUCAGAAGAUGCUGACAGCUGUUCUACGGAACCCCAGACCUUGCCCCCACCAGUGCCCAAAAGCUGCUCCUCAGACUCUGAGGAGGAACAGCCAAAUGACUUCUUACAGAAGAGAGCAAAGAACAUACGUGACAACAAAGCCAUGCUGGCCAAACUAAUGGCAGACUUGGAGAAACUACCAGGAAACUUACUCUCAGAAGAUGGAAAGCAGGAAGGGAGUGGACAGAAAUCCAGGAGGCCCCCUCGAGCCUCUCUUAGCCAGCAGCAAUUGAGAAGGAACCCAGACCGUUCUAGCCGCCGUCUGACUCGUUCCAUGGGAGGUGUGGAACCCACCUCUCCUGAUAGAGACAGAAGGCAACACCUGAUGGACAGACUCCAGGAUGACUUAAUGGCUGAAGAAGAAGAGGCUCCUAGGAGACGUCGCCCCCCUCGUCCGAGUGCUCUAACUAUUCCCCAUAUUGUACGACCAGUGGAGGAAAUAACUGAAGAUGAGCUGAAAAAUGUUGCUGAUUCUGUAAGGGAUAAAGUCUACAACACUGUCCAUGGCACCACCUGCCAUCAGUGCCGCCAGAAGACAACUGAUACAAAGACAAACUGCCGCAAUGCAGAGUGUCCAGGUGUUAGGGGGCAAUUUUGUGGGCCAUGCUUGAGAAACAGAUAUGGAGAAGAUGUGAGAAAAGCUCUUCUGGAUCCUGACUGGCGUUGCCCUCCAUGCAGAGAGAUCUGUAACUGCAGCUUCUGUCGCCAAAGAGAUGGCCGCUGUGCCACAGGAAUACUUUUUCCUUUAGCGCGUUACCAUGGCUAUAGUGAUGUUCAUACCUAUUUAAAUAGCCUGAGAAACUCAAAAGAUGAAGACUCUGACUCUUAAUGUUUCACAGACCUGAAAACCUUUCCAGUGUUCCUCGGGCCCCUGUCUGGUUUUUAAAGCACUUGUCAUAAGUUUUCUUGUAUUUUUACUUGUUAAAUGUGAAUAAAAAUGCACACUUUUUAUACUGG